AUGUCUUUACAGAUAAGUCCCUUUUCCUUAGCAUCUAGCGUGCUUACUUUAUCUUUAGCUGGAAUUGUAUCAGGUGCUAAUUUAGGUGGUCUUGAUACCCCAGUGACAAAUACCAAAAAUACUGAUACCUCCACCACAACAACCGAAGAUAACGCUACCACAGAAACUGAGAAUAAUGAUAAUAAUGGGGAUAAUAACUCGGACAAUGCUCAAACAACAACGGUAGAUACAGGGUCUGCUGUAUUUAUAAAUACAGAAACAGGUAAUACUGAUACAACAACAACAACCACUCAACAAACAAGCAAUAAUAAUCAAAAGACUACUCUGCAAAGUAGUCAACAGCAACAGCAACAACAACAAAGUCCAUCGGUGGUGACAGUUACUGCUACUGCACAACAACAGAAUUCCCAAAAUAGUGCUCAAACAAGCACGGUAACACAAUCAGCAGCACAAGCAGGGACAACUUCUCAAAGCGUUCAAGUCACUAAAGUUACAGAAACUCAUAUGGAAACUCAGACCACACAAAUUGUUGAAACCAUUCAAGGUGGUGAAACACAACAACAAGAUACAACCUCGGGAGAAGGUCGUGGUGGUCAAGUCCAAACUAGAGUAAGUACUUUAACUGCAGCAGUUACUCAAACCACUUUAGUCACACAAACUUUGUUAUAUGUUAGUGGUACCCAAGCUGAACAAGUGACCACGGUUACUUUACAAACUGCUAGUGAAGUAGCUCCAAUUUCUUCACAAGAUAGUCAAAGCUCAAGUCAAGGUCUACAGACUACAACUAUUUGGUGGACACCUUCUGCUUCAAGACUGGUUCAAGAUGGUUCUACAGUAACUGUUAGUCAAGGUAGUUUUGCAGUUACUCCAGUUACUCAAAAUGAAUCAACAACAAUCUGGUGGGUUCCUACAACACAGAGUGGUAUGUCAACAGUAACAGUUAGUGGAUAUUCAAGAUCCAACUCUGGCACUAGUUCAAAUUCCAAUAGUAAUCUGAGAUCAACUUCUACUUCCAGUGGAUCAGAUGAUGGUAGGGCUACCAUUACAACGACAGACUCUAGAGGAUCCAGUAUUGUAUGGAUAGCUACUACCGGAUCUGAAUUUUCAUACCAAGACCCAUCUGCUUCAGACGUGUCUGAUUCGUCAUCUGCUUCAACUACAGGAACCUCUGGUGGUUCUAGAUCAAGAGGAUCGAAUUUCCCCGAUAGAGAUCUUACUUGGAAGAAGACAUUAUUGAUUAGUGGUAUUCUUAGUGUGAGUUUGUUUUUAAAUAUCUUAUAA